AUGAGCCGCCGCACGAGUACUACGCGCGCCUAUAAAAGCCGCCGCGCCGGGCCGGGCUGCGGGAGGCGAGCGGGCGCCGGGCGACGCGGCCCGCCAGCGGGGGCGCAGGCAAGAGACAGGGGCCCACCGGCCCGCCGACCAGGCUGGCUCUCUCUCGAGACCCCCACCCCGCAUGCCGCUGGGGCGCCCCCUCCUCGUCCCGCCCCGUCGGACUUGUCCCGCGGCGCCCACGACUUCCCGCCUCUGCGAGCGGAGCUGUCCUCUCAGGACCAGGCGGGGGCGGGGCUUCGGCCCGCCCGCCACCGGAAGUGCCUCCCCGCUGGGACGUCUUUGACGUCACAAGGCUCUGACGUCAGGGGUCGCGUGCCUGUCCGCGAGCGCGGGGGCCAAGAAGGGCGGGAGACGUGGGGGAGGAGCAGCAGCAGGGCGCCGGGGGCACCCCCGCCUGGGCAGAGCGCCGGCACCUUGGCUCUAGACUGCUUACUGCCCGGGCCGCCCUCAGUAACAGUCUCCAGUCACGGCCACCGACGCCUGGCCCCGCCCCAGGACCUCCGACCGGGCCGCCAGCCGCCCCCUCCUGGGGUCCCGCAACCCUGCGCUGCCGCUGUCCGCGGUGCUGAUCCAGCGCGGCGCAGCCCUCGGGCCGUCCGGGCCCCGGGCCCCAGGGGGCUGCGAAGGCCUGCCAGCCCGCACGCACGCUCCACAGCCGCGGCUCGGUCCCCGCCGCGCGCGCGCGCGCGCCGCCCCGCGCCCGCGCCUCUGCCCCGCGGUCCUGACGUCAGCCUGCUCCGAGCCGCCGCGGUGCCGUCAGCAGCGCGCACCCCGCCCCCGCGUCUCCAGGGCAACCGUGGCUUUCGAUUGUUACUGUGGGAACCGGAGGUAACAGUCUACAGCCAUGGUCGCCCCGCAGCACGCCCACGCGCCGCGCCGCUCCCCGCCAGCCUGGGGCACGGAGCAGGAGGAGGAGGAGGAGGAGGAGACGGGGGCGGGCAGCCGAGAUCCACGCGCCCGCCGGCACGGUGA